AUCUGACGUUUGAAGUUUGUUCUCUGUUCUUCUGUGGUUUGGAAAAUGUAAUUUGGGAGAGUUUAGGACAUUGCCUGUGAGCAAGAGAACGGCCGAAAGGCGAAUCUCCGCUGAAUAUCGAAUAUCAAACUAACUUUACAAAAGGAGUAUAACACAGCCUUCAUUUCAGUACUGACAGAGUCCAGCCUGCUGUAAGGAUGUCUGGUCCAGCUGUACCUCUCACCAACGUGGGAAAUGGCUACACCAUUGUGACCCAUGUGUUCUCCCCACAAACAGGCACGAGUGAAACACAGCAAAAUGUCUCCAGCGGUGGAUCACUUAAAAAAUUUCUGAAAGGAGAACCAAAAGCACUAGGAACCGUCCAAAUAAUGAUUGGUCUGUUUAUGUUCCUGUUCGGUAUUGUGAUAUCGACAAAUGCCCAGCCUUCCAUUACCGUCUACAGUGGCAUCUCCUUCUGGGGGUCAUUGCUGUUUAUCGUCACCGGCUCGCUCGCUGUUUCAGCAAACAACAAACUCCAUCGCUGUGUGGUGAAUGGUGCUUUGAAAAUGAAUGUGUUUAGCGCAGUAACUGCAGCAAUAGCCAUCAUCUUUAUUUCCGUGGAUUUGGUGAGGGCGACAGAAAUAGGCUCCGAUAGAGAUGGAGAUGAGCACACCGCGCAAAUAGAACCGGCAGUUUACUAUUAUGGAUGUAGAGGCCGAUACAGAUGUUCCUCCAGGAACCAGUCCAAUGAUAUUGCCAGAGUGCUGCUGGUUUUCUGUGUGCUUCAGUUCAUCAUCUCCAUCUUCAUCGCAGCCCAUUCCUGUCGCGCUGUACCUACAGUGAACAUCACUGUGGUUCCAAACCAAGAAGGAUUCUGUUCAGUGGUCAAUCCCUUCCCCACUCAGAACAACCCACAGUAUGGUGCGGAUGGUGCUCCUAUGGAAAGUCCUCCAGAGUACUCUGCGAGCAGUGCCCCUAUGGAAAGUCCUCCAGAGUACACUGCGAGCAGUGCUCCUGUGGAAAGUCCUCCAGAGUACUCCGAGACCAAAUGCCCCCCAGACAACUGAGGCUAAACAACCUUCAGAUGAUUAAAACCUGAAAUGCACUUACACACAAAUACAAAUAUAAUGUACAUCUCGCAAUGCAAAGAAUUUUGCUGAUAUAUUUUCUUUAUGCAGUUUCUAUUUUAUGUACUCUUUAGUAUAUACAGUAUUUUGCUUCUGCACUUCACCUAGGGUUGCGACUCAUCCCCUAAAAUAUUUCUUAAAAUAUGGAGUCUUUUUUUAGACAACACAGAAUCAUUCUUACAGUAAAGAAUUGUUCCUUAAAGGUCACCUUCCGCGAAAAUCCGAUUUUUCUUGUUUUUUGUGGAAUACAGUAGGUCUCUCCGAGUUGAAUGUGUACACCUGCACAUUAAACUGUUUUGCAGCCCCCAUUGUCUGCAGGAGCUAAGCAAAGAAAUCCCCCCUCCCCCCCUCCGAAAAACGGGUGAAUUUUGAAUUAUCUUUCUGCCUACGUAGGCAGAAACUCACAGACCAGCCCACCUUGGCUCGAGAAACUCCCAGAGGCGGAGCUGAAGCGACGCAACAUCACCGCUCAUCAGUUAGGAGGUGGGAGGCAGUGAGCGGCAGAGCGGUGGAGGGGCGUCGCAGUGCUCCUAGCCAAUCAGAGGAGAGAUAUUUGCAUGCUGUUUGCAUGUAUGAAUAUUCAUGAGCAAAGCUGGAAUCCGGUCAUUUUGGACACACCCCUAAAACAGUCCAUUAAAAAAGAGCUAUACAGAGACACCUGAGCACUUUUUUUUUUACAAAAACGGCUCACAUGUCAUUCAUUCAUACUAGAGACCACAACUAGACAUUUUAAAAUGAAAGAAAAAACGACGGAAGGUGACCUUUAAAAUAUGGAAUAGUUCCUUAAAAAAAUAGAAUCUUUUAGACAAUACAGAAUUGUUUAGACAAUAAUGGAAUUAUUCCUUAAAAUACAGAAUCUUUAAAGCAAUAUAUAAUCAGUAUGACAAUAUAGAACCAUUCUUUAAACUACAGAAUCUUUUAGACAAUACAUAAUCAUUCUGGAAGUAUGGAAUCAGGUCUCCAUGAGCCACUAUGUCAUGUUUGCUAUGUCAUGUUUCUGUUGGUUGAAUCAGACACUUGCAGUAAAACAGACACUGAGCACAGUCUCUUUUUUACUCAUACUAGUUUUAUAAGUGCUGAUGUUUUCUAUAGUAUUUUGUAUUGUGGGUAUUGACUUUUUGUAAACUUAGGCCCCUUAACAUUUGGCACUUUUGAGUAAAACAGACAAGAUUUAGCACUUUAUCAAGUGGCAGCAGUGUAAAUUAGUGUAAACGUGAGUGUGAAAUGAAUGAGAGAAAUGAAAUUUUAUAGACCACCAUUGUCCCCUGUCCCCUGAAUGCUCUGUUUCUUUUUCCAGUGUCAGACUGUUACUUUUUUGCUGGUAACACUGAUGUAGUUUAUAUACAUUCUGUAACCUGUGGACUCCUUUGUUACAUAUAUAAUAAUAACAACAUAUACUUGAAUAUAUAAAGUACAUUUCUACCUAAAA